AGGACAUCACUAGUAAACCAUUCAUUUCAUUCAGUUCAACUGUCAUCUCGUCAAGUUCAACUUGUGUAAUCGUUUUUAAAACUCACGCGUGCAUAAUUUUAAAAAUAAAACACGUAACAAAAUUCAUUACGUCUAGUAGAAAUCCAUAUAACCGAUUUGAAAUCGAAACACGCCAAAGGCACGACUCGAAACGAAAUUAAAUAAAAAUUAAAUUUAAAUUAAAAAAAAAUAAUCUAGUCAAUUUAUCAAUCACAAUUUUUUUAUUCAAAAAUGAAAUAAAAAUCUGUGUUAUUAAAGUAGUUUAAGAUUUGUACUUAUUUUUUUAUAGUAGGUUUUGUUUAUAAGUAUAAAAUAUGCAGAUUUUGAAAGCACGUUUUGCUCUGAGAGCGACUGCUUCACAGUUCCAGGCAUGGAGCUCAGCAAAGGGACGCACUGCAUCUUCGGAUGCGAAGACAGUGGAAUACAAGCCCAUCAGAAGUGUCCUGGUGGCCAACAGAGGGGAGAUUGCCAUCCGAGUGUUCCGAGCAUGUACCGAGCUGGGCAUCCGCUCCGUCGCCAUUUACAGCGAACAGGACAAACUACAGAUGCACAGACAAAAAGCCGACGAAUCAUACAUAGUCGGCAAGGGUCUACCACCAGUAGAGGCAUACCUCAGCAUCCCCGAAAUCAUCAGGGUCGCCAAGGAGAAUGACGUGGAUGCUGUCCAUCCCGGUUAUGGGCUGUUGUCUGAGAGAGCAGACUUCGCUCAGGCGAUCCUUGACGCUGGUCUCCGAUUCAUUGGACCUUCCCCAUUCGUGGUUCAGCAGAUGGGUGACAAGGUCGCCGCUAGAAAGGCAGCUAUUGAUGCCAAGGUGCCAAUCGUCCCCGGUACCGACGGCCCGGUGACCACAAAGGAAGAGGCCUUGGAAUUCUGCAAGCAACAUGGUCUUCCUGUUAUAUUCAAGGCUGCGUACGGUGGCGGUGGGCGCGGUAUGCGAGUGGUGAAGGAGAUGAGCGAAGUAGCCUCGUCCUUCGAGCGAGCCUCGUCUGAGGCGCUGGGAGCCUUCGGCAACGGGUCCAUGUUCAUUGAACGCUUCAUUGAGAGACCACGGCAUAUUGAAGUGCAGCUUUUAGGUGAUAAGGCCGGCAACGUAGUUCACCUGUACGAGCGAGACUGCUCCGUACAGAGGAGACAUCAGAAGGUCGUGGAGAUCGCACCCGCGCCCGGAUUGGACCCUGAGACUAGGAAUAAGAUGACAGACUGCGCAGUGCACCUGGCCAGGUCUGUGGGCUACGAGAACGCUGGUACCGUGGAGUUCCUGCUCGACGACAAAGGCAACUUCUACUUCAUCGAAGUUAAUGCCAGAUUACAAGUAGAACACACAAUCACAGAAGAGGUGACCGGCAUAGAUUUGGUUCAGUCUCAGAUCAGGGUGGCUGAGGGCAUGACUCUGCCUGAGAUGGGACUCACCCAGGACAAGAUCCAGGCACAAGGAUACGCCAUCCAGUGCAGAGUCACCACUGAAGACCCCGCCAAUAACUUCCAGCCUAGUACUGGCAGAAUUGAAGUUUUCAGGUCUGGAGAGGGUAUGGGUAUCCGUCUAGACUCCGCUUCAACGUACGCUGGUGCUGUUAUCUCUCCGUACUACGAUUCUCUUCUAGUUAAGGUAAUCUCCCACGCGCACGACCUUCCAUCAUCAGCGGCCAAGAUGAACCGCGCGCUGCGCGAGUUCCGCAUCCGAGGAGUCAAGACCAACAUCCCAUUCCUACUCAACGUACUCGAGAACCAGAAGUUCUUGAAUGGAGCCCUAGACACAUACUUCAUCGACGAGAAUCCCCAGCUGUUCAUGUUCAAAGCCUCGCAGAACAGGGCUCAGAAGAUCCUCAACUACCUUGGACAAGUCCUGGUCAACGGCCCAGCCACUCCAUUGGCCACUAAAAUACCGCCAGCAGUCGUCAAACCCUACAUUCCGACGGUACCACUGGACCUAUCCCCUGAGGCUAUUAAAAGACAAGAACUAACAGGGGAAAACACAGCUGUUCAACCACCAAAGGGUUACAAACAGAUUUUGAACGAGGGAGGUCCCGAAGCCUUUGCUAAGGCAGUCAGGCAGAACAAGGGUCUUCUUCUCAUGGACACCACGUACAGAGAUGCCCAUCAGUCCCUGUUGGCGACCAGAGUCAGGACCCACGAUCUUCUGGCCGUGUCACCAUACGUCGCCCAUAACUUCAGCAACCUGUACUCGCUUGAGAACUGGGGUGGUGCUACUUUCGAUGUGGCUUUGAGGUUCCUGCACGAGUGUCCAUGGGAGCGCCUCCGCGACAUGCGGCAGCUGAUCCCGAACAUCCCGUUCCAGAUGUUGCUGCGCGGCGCCAACGCCGUCGGCUACACCAACUACCCAGACAACGUCGUCUUCAAGUUCUGUGACAUGGCUGUCAAAAACGGCAUGGACGUCUUCAGAGUGUUCGACUCUCUGAACUACCUUCCAAACUUGAUCCUUGGUAUGGACGCAGCGGGCAAAGCAGGUGGAGUGGUCGAGGCCGCCAUCUCCUACACUGGCGAUGUGUCAGACCCCAACAAGAAGAAAUACGACCUCAAGUAUUACCUGAACUUGGCCGAUGAGCUCGUGAAGGCUGGUACUCACGUGUUGGCUAUCAAGGAUAUGGCUGGACUACUCAAGCCUCAAGCUGCUAAGUUGUUGAUCGGCGCGAUCCGCGACAAGCACCCGGACGUGCCGAUCCACGUGCACACGCACGACACGUCGGGCGCGGGCGUGGCGGCCAUGUUGGCGUGCGCCGAGGCCGGGGCCGACGUCGUCGACGUCGCCGUGGACUCUAUGUCCGGCCUCACCUCCCAGCCCAGCAUGGGCGCGCUCGUCGCCUCGCUGCAGGGAACCAAGCUCGAUACCAACAUCGCCCUCCAAACCGUAUCAGAAUACUCAGCGUACUGGGAACAAGCCCGUACACUGUACGGUCCAUUCGAAGCCACAGCUACGAUGAAGUCAGGAAACGCUGACGUAUACCUGAACGAGAUUCCUGGAGGACAGUACACCAACCUGCAGUUCCAGGCCUUCUCUCUCGGUCUGGGCAGCCAGUUUGAAGAGGUCAAGAAGGCUUACAGGGAAGCUAACCUGCUCUUGGGCGAUAUUAUCAAGGUCACCCCAUCUUCCAAGGUGGUGGGUGACUUGGCCCAGUUCAUGGUGCAGAACAAGCUCUCAGCCAAGGAGAUCGAGGAGAAGGCUGAGGAACUUUCCUUCCCCAAGUCCGUCGUGGAGUACCUGCAGGGAGCCAUCGGUAUUCCUCAUGGAGGAUUCCCUGAACCACUUAGAUCUAAAGUACUGAAGGACAUGCCAAGGAUCGCAGACAGGCCCGGCAAGGAACUCGCUCCUCUGGACUUCGACAAACUGAAGGCUGACCUCAGAGAAACUUAUCCCGAGGUGACCGACUUAGACGUAAUGUCAGCCGCUAUGUAUCCUCAAGUGGCGAACGACUUCUUCCGCAUCCGCGACAAGUAUGGGCCUGUCAAGCAUUUGGACACCAAGACCUUCUUGGUUGGACCUACUGUGGGAGAGACGAUAGAAGUGAAGAUCGAGCGCGGAAAGACGUUAGACAUCAAGACCGUGGCCGUGUCGGAUGAGAUGACGGCGGCCGGAGAGAGGGAGGUCUUCUUCGAACUCAACGGACAGCUGCGAUCCGUGUUCAUUAGGGACGAGAAUGCUAGCAAGGAAAUGAAAAUCCACCCGAAAGCCAUCAAAGGUGACAAGAACCAGGUGGGAGCUCCCAUGCCAGGAACAGUACUCACAAUCAAGGUAAAAGAAGGCGAUAAGGUCGAGAAAGGCCAGCCAAUCGCCGUCCUCUCAGCCAUGAAGAUGGAAAUGAUCGUCCAAGCGCCCAAAGCCGGCACUGUCUCCUCAGUAGCUAUCACCAACGGACAGAAACUAGAAGGAGACGACCUAAUCUGCACCAUCCAGGAUUAAACAUACAGCUCACUAUCCAAUGACAUUGUGAAAAAGACUUAUCCGGCACAAAAUCAUUUUUAAACCCAAAAUGAUUUUUGGUACUAUCGACUAAUUCGAAUCAUGACCCACAUCGUUUACUUAGUAAUCGUCAAAGUAAAGUAUUUGAUGUGUGCAAGAAAAUGAGUUUGUGGUAGGUGGGUCAUGACUGGAAUUCGUCGAUUGUACUUGAAGUAAGAGUGUUUUCUUUAUUCGAACCAAUCAGAUUUUAUAAUUUUUAAAUAAAAGACAUUUUUUUUAUAUUUAUGAAUGUUCAGUGUAUGGGUUUACAUUUUGAUAUGAAUGUGAUAUAUCACUAUUGAAUAGUGGACAGUGACUUACGCAUCACAGUACAAAAGUGAAUGGUUUUAAACUAAACAAAAUUGUUUAUAUCGAGGAAAAUCGAAUAGUUUUAUUAGGAGAAUAAUGUAAGUGUAUAGUGGAACAUGAAACGUGUAACCAGGGUGUAAUAAUGUUAGGCGCCUCACGUACUGAAUUCUAAGUAAAAAAUACUAACACAUCUUUGUUUUUUCAUAAUUAUGAGUCAUUAAAAAUUAACCUUAAACCAGUGUUCGUAAGGUAAAAGUUCUCUGAGAGUAUUUUACUUAAUUUUAAUCAAAUUUUCGACCUGACUUCCUUGCCAUUUUCGUUUCGUUUUUACCAUUUUUCAAAGUGUCAAAAAAUGUGUCAACUAACUUAAUGGAAAAUAUUCAUCAGUGGGUGACAAGAGAAAAUUUAACGAUAGUACUAAGACAAGAAUUCAGUAUGUGAGGCAUUAGAAAAGUAUAGACAGGUCACAAACCACAUGAAACUAUUCCAAUAAUUGGUCAAAACCUUGUGACAUUUCUAUAUUUUGUAUAAGUUGUUGUUAUUAUUUGGUUAUCGUUAAACGAUUCGAGUUCCGGUGCUCAUUUGUUAUUCAUUUAUUUGUUAAAAUUCCUAUCAUCACUUUGUUUUUUAUUUAAUAAAAUGAUUUUAUUUGAUAA